AUGAGUUUUGAAGAUUCUCUUUCUCUUCAAUCUACCUUCACUUUCCUCUUCUUCUCUUUCACCUUUCUUUUCUCAAUCUUCUCUCUUCUCAUCUACAUCUCUAGAAUUAAACCAUGGUGUAACUGCAAUACUUGCAAAACUUAUUUAUCAAUGACUUGGUCACAAUACUUCAUAAACCUCUGCGACUACUACACUCAUCUUCUUCAAACCUCACCCACAGGAACAAUUCAAGUCCACGUCUUAGGUAACACCAUCACCGCAAAUCCAGAAAAUGUCGAAUACAUCCUCAAAACAAAUUUCCACAACUACCCUAAAGGGAAACAGUUUUCCACCAUUCUCGGCGAUCUUCUCGGCCGUGGCAUCUUCAACGUUGACGGUGAUUCGUGGAUGUUUCAACGCAAAAUGGCGUCUCUUGAACUCGGCAGCGUAGCUAUUCGUUCCUACGCUAUGGAACUUGUCACAGAAGAAAUCAAAACAAGACUAAUUCCUUUCAUAGCUUCAAAAACUGAUCAAAACGAUGAUGCCUUUAUUGACAUGCAAGAUAUUCUUAGAAGAUUCUCGUUCGGCAACAUUUGUAAAUUCUCAUUUGAUUUUGACCCAUGUUGUCUUGUUCCAUCAAUUCCAGUUUCAAAGCUCGCUGACGCUUUUGAUCUUUCAUCAAAGCUUUCAGCUGAAAGAGCAGUUAAUGCGUCGCCAUUAAUAUGGAAAAUGAAGCGUUUCUUCAACGUUGGGUCAGAGAAGAAGCUCAAAGAAGCCAUAAAAGUGGUGAACGACAUGGUCAAAGAGAUGAUAAAACAAAAACGAGAAAUUAAAAUUGGAGUUGACUUGCGAAAAGUUCUUCUGUCACGUUUUUAA